AUGGGGUGCACGUCUUCAAUCUAUGUAAUCGGUAAAAAGAAAAGAAAGAUAGUUCCACAAGUUUCCAUGUUCAUCCCCUUUCUGCGUGUACCGGCUCAAACUGAUAUACAGAGAACGCUCACGCUCACGCUCGGGGGAUUAGUCCCUAAGGAUCUUGCCAACAGAAUCAACUCUCUCAGGAAUCAGAUUUCUUUUGUAGCUGAGGACACUGGCGGCUCAGCUAUUGGUGAAGUGAUUAAGGCAUUGGGGGAGUACUUGCCCCUUGUCAUUGGACUAACAAAGAAAGAAUAUGAGCUUCAGGACUUGGUGGAGUUCAGAUGGAAAGAUUUGGAAGAUGGAAAUCAGGAAAUCUGCGUUACAAACUCAUGGUUUGAACUAUUCUCGGUAUUACAUAUGAUGGCUGUGCUGAUGCUGAUGGAGGCGAAUUUGAAGCUAAUUCCCAAAGAGAGUAGUGGCCUGUCCGAGAGCCUCCUUUCUCCAGAUUGCAUGCGCGAUGCAGUUGACUUACUGUUGAAAGCAGCCGGGUAUCUGAAUUUCAUUGUUCACGACAUUAUUCCCCGGUUACCACCAGACGUUAAAGACAAGUUGCCUUCAGAUAUGCAGGGGAGUGUCCUGGAGUCGAUUUUGUACCAAGCCCUGGCAAUGGGAACAGAAGUUCAGCUGGGACUAGCCGUGCAAAGCCAAAACGCGACUUUGUCUGUUAAAAGAAGACUAGCGUGCGAACAACUCAGUUUUUUCACCAAGGCCUAUUUCUGCUUAUCCGAAGCGGAUAAUGGAGGUGCCAGGAAGAAGCAAUUGUCUUUCCUCAAGUGGAAGCAUCUAGAAGCAAAGGCUGGUGCAUACUAUUAUCACGGUCUAAUCUUGGAUAAAGGCACCGAGCCGUCGUCCCAUGUAAGCGCUGUGUGUUGUUUCCUUGCUGCAGAAGAUCUGUUAGCUGAGAGCAAGAAGGCUUGCUUAACCUUUUGCCUUUCACAUCCAAUUACUAGGGCUACUCCAUCAUGGGGUGCAAUGAAGCAUUUUCACAAGAAAAUCCCGAAUAUGGCGUCUAAGAAAUCUCAAAUGUACGGCUACCUUCUCGACCAAGAAAAAAGCCUGCAGAGUUUGGCUGAUCUUCCAGAAUUUGAGUUGUCGCUAAAACCAGACGAGUAUGAGCUGCCUGAAGUCGAUCCCAUGUGGGAUUUUGGCAACUGUGAAAUUUCUAAUCCUGGACAAAUGACAAUCAAGGCGCACCUCAACAAUGAUGAUGUCGGUGAUCAUAUGUUCGAAUUGCAAACUUGA